CCCGAUUUUGAGGUGCAAGCAUCGAAGGAUGGUUUCCUUGGGGAGGCAGUGUCUCGCGCAGCUGGUGCUGUUGCUGCCGCUACGGAGGCCCAGUCACAGCGGCCUGCUGCUGGUUUUACACCCGGGCUCGCUAAGGUUAUAGUCGCGCCCACAAAAGUGGGCGGAAUCCGGUUUUACGGGAAUGAUGGAAUGUUAGUGCAGAGAGUCGUCUCCCUUGCCCGAAGUGCUCGGCUUUCAAGCCACAGAAGGUAUCACCUGCGCAAAUUGAGGGAAUGCAUGGUGGCCAGCGGAUCCCAGAUUCUGCGGCUGCUUGAGAAGGAGAAUCCGCAGGAAUCUUUGCCUCGCAUCAGUCCCAGCUACACCUGCCUUCUUCGUGCAGCCGCUCUCUGUCAAGCAGUGGUUCACGAGCUUGAGCUAAUCGGCGACAGCACGCAGCUCGAAGGCAUUUUGAGGCGGCUGGACACAGCCUUCCUUGCCGGUGUCUCGGAUUCCGAGAAGCAGGGCCUUAUUGCCGCCGCAACACCCUACGAAAUGCUCACCUCCGGAAUCAUACUGUCAGAAGAUUCUCAGUUCGACGUAAAGUUCUACGACGGCAGAAAAAUAGGCGAGAAGCUUCCGCCUGCGCUGUUUCUUCUGAAAACCCUGUUUGGUUGUUCACUGCCCAUUCUUAUCCGCAAAGUCGUAAAAACCCUUGAGAUGAUUGAACGUUAUCCGGUGACCGCUCUUCACUUUACGGGAAUGCAUGAGCAACUCCUUCAGCAGUCAGUGCCACUACAGCCUCGGCUUUCUACUCUCGCUGGUGACAAAACGGAACAGACCGAUAAGCACCGUCCUUUCUGUCGAAAAGUGGAUCUCUCCAGUUAUCGUCUGUAUGCUGCACCCUUGGCCACUUUUGGCCAGAUACAGCAGUGGUUGGUAACCCGAAUGAACGAAGUGCCGUGAAACUUGCGCUCUCAGGUUUGCAACGCUCCAGACUCGGAAGAGCUGCCUGACCUCGGUCCGGAGGCUAAGGUCUACCGUGGCGGCAUCUUUCAGUGGCUGAGCACAAACGGUGGUCGGGAGCCCGGAAAGCGCAUCAAUCCCAUCCAACUGAAGGGCCUCAUACGCAUCAGUACCUCUGACGCCACAAUUAAUCGACGAGCGUCUCAACUUAACCGUCUCCUCCUCUCGGACAUUGACGAUAGGGAUGAGACUCCAGAGGCGCCGAAGACACCUCCAAGGCCACCGUCACUGUCAUCCGUUUGCAUAAGCGCCAACAACGAAGCGGAAGCAAAAUUGGCGCCACCAACUUACCCCUGGAUUGCAAUUGAUCUCGGCGUUCACAUUCACGUGACACACUACGGUUUGAGAGUGCCAGUGGUUGAAAACAAGUGGCCGUCUCUUCAGCACUGGCAGCUACUGUCUCCCCGCUCUACUUAUGUUUGUUCCUCCGACGUCUGGCUGUCCUCCAACGAAAAACACGAGUAUCUGGAUGUUUUUACAUAG